AUGGUCAACGUUCAGAGCGCAACCAUUCAGGACCACACAUCGCCGAGCAAGAAGUUACUGCAGCGCUUUCGGCGCUUGGUUAAGUUCGCACUGUUAGAGGUUGUUCCUCCGACUCCAACCCUUGAAUUUGGCGUUGCCCCUCUGAAUUCCGCGUAUACAUCUGAGUCAAACGACCCCCGGAUCCGCGGGAUUGUCCCUCACCUUGCCAUUUCAGUGGCAAUUGCGUUCGAAGACGAAGCCGCUAGAAACGCCUUGUGGGUCGAGCUGCAAGACCGUGGCAUUACAACUGUACCCGCACAAGCAGUGGCCCUCGCCAAUUCAUACUACUACAACGAUCGAGCCAACAACGUACGCCACGAAUCGAUGUGUCGCGGGAACCCCCAGCCAGCGAAUGGUUGGCGUGUGAUAACGACCCCAGGGCACUUGUCUUGUGAGUGCAACUUCUUUUUCAAGAAGAACAGUGCAAGGACGUGCGAGGCGUACCGUUGCCCCCUCGGCGCUUUGGUCGAAACGUUGCCCAGCGAGGCGAGGCUGCUCCGCGAUUCACUGGCCGACGCCGAGGUAGAGGAGCCACUGGAAGAAAUGGCGGAAGAAACGUUCGCAGUAGACGAAGUGUUGGACCACCACUAG